UCCUCCUCUGUUUGUUUCCUCCUAUGCCAGCCUCUUGAUUCCCACAAUGCUCAGCGAACAUUACCACCAAGAUGGCCGACGCUAUGGAGGAAUAUGAGAAAGAAGCUGGCUGCGUUCCUAUUCUCCAUUCCGAGGAAGUUAAACCCCAGAGUCACUACAACCACGGCUACAGUGAGAACGUCAGCCGUAAAAACCAUGUAGAUGACUACAGCACCUGGGACAUUGUCAAAGCCACACAGUAUGGAAUAUUUGAGCGCUGCAGGGAGUUGGUGGAGGCGGGUUUUGACGUUCGGCAGCCAGAUAAAGAAAAUGUAACACUCCUCCACUGGGCCGCCAUCAACAACAGGAUAGACUUGGUCAAGUACUACAUUUCAAAGGGCGCAAUAGUUGAUCAGCUCGGAGGUGACCUCAACUCCACACCUCUUCACUGGGCCACCAGACAAGGCCAUCUAUCCAUGGUGGUGCAGCUUAUGAAAUAUGGCGCAGACCCAUCUUUGAUUGACGGUGAGGGCUGUAGCUGCGUCCAUCUGGCCGCCCAGUUUGGGCACACCUCCAUCGUGGCGUACCUUAUUGCCAAAGGACAGGAUGUGGACAUGAUGGAUCAGAACGGCAUGACUCCACUAAUGUGGGCGGCUUACAGGACACACAGUGUGGAUCCCACGCGUUUGCUACUGACCUUCAACGUGUCUGUCAACCUUGGUGACAAAUAUCACAAAAACACUGCGCUGCACUGGGCCGUACUAGCCGGAAACACCACUGUCAUCAGCCUAUUGCUUGAUGCCAAUGCAAACGUCGAUGCACAGAACAUCAAGGGUGAAACACCGUUAGAUCUCGCUAAGCAAAGAAAGAACGUUUGGAUGAUCAAUCAUUUACAGGAAGCACGACAAGCCAAAGGCUACGACAGCCCGUCUUACCUGAAGAGACUGAAGAUGGACAAGGAGUUCAGGCAGAAGGUGAUGCUGGGAACACCCUUUGUGAUCAUCUGGCUCGUUGGUUUCAUUGCCGACCUGGAUAUUGACUCUUGGUUGAUCAAGGGCCUCAUGUACGCCGGCGUCUGGGUCGCCGUGCAGUUCCUCUCGAAGGCUUUUUUCGAUCACUCCAUGCACAGUGCUCUCCCUCUGGGAAUCUACUUGGCUACCAAGUUCUGGAUGUACACCACCUGGUUCUACUGGUUCUGGAAUGAUCUACCUUUUGCCACAGUCCACGUGCCCUUCCUCAUAAACAGUCUGGCUCUGUUCUACAACUUUGGAAAGUCCUGGAAGUCUGAUGCAGGAAUCAUCAAAGCAUCAGAGGAGCAAAAGAAAAAGACAAUUGUUGAGCUUGCAGAGACAGGCAGCCUAGACCUUAGCAUAUUCUGCAGCACCUGCUUGAUACGGAAGCCCAUCAGGUCCAAACACUGCGCUGUGUGCAACCGCUGCAUCGCCAAGUUUGACCACCACUGUCCCUGGGUGGGGAACUGCGUGGGAAGCGGGAACCACCGUUACUUCAUGGGUUAUCUGUUCUUCUUGCUCUGCAUGAUCUGCUGGAUGAUCUACGGCUGCAUCUGCUACUGGAGGAUCCACUGUGCCACCAGUUAUGCCAAGGAUGGUUUCUGGCUCUACCUGACACAGAUUGCCUCCUGCUCCCCCUGGAUGUUCUGGAUGUUCCUCAACAGCAUCUUCCACUUCAUGUGGGUGGCUGUGCUUAUUAUGUGUCAGCUCUAUCAGAUCGCCGCUCUGGGAAUCACCACCAACGAAAGGAUGAACGCUCGGAGAUACAAGCACUUUAAAGUCACAGCUACGUCCAUCGAAAGCCCCUUCAACCAUGGCUGCAUUCGGAACCUCAUAGACUUCUUUGAGAUCCGCUGCUGCGGCCUGAUCCGGCCCGUCACAGUGGACUGGACCACGCAGUACACAAUAGAAUAUGACCAAACGUCUGGCUCGGGUUAUCAGCUGGUUUAGAGGAGGACGAAGAGGAAGGGAGGGUGAGCAGGAGGAAAAUUGAGCAUCGCUAGGUGGAGACAACAUUUUAGGAUUGCCCUCCUCGUACCAACACCUCCCCCACCCCCCACGUAUUCAUAUCGGAGCAAUGCUGUGCUCGGGAGCGCUUGCUUUUAUUUUGGACCAUCUCAUCCUCGCCAAGCAAAACAAAAAUAAAAGAAUCAGCCAGGACUAGCAUGCUGUUACAGGGCAACACCACACCUACACCAACCACUCCUCUACACCAACGCCACCUUUACUGCUGUUGCUACUAUACUAUAACAUCAAACUUCAUUCCACCGCCUUCACUGGAGUCUAAACCCCUCCAGCUCAUCUCUUCUCCUCGAGCCCUAUCGGACGGUGAGUUGCUGCCAGGCGCAUAUGGAGAGAGACGGAGAAGAGAGGCCAACAGACGAGAGGAUUUAUAAGAACAAAAGCUCUCAAGUUUGCAGUGGAGAUUUGACGCUGCAGACAUGGCAACACACGUCCUUUUUCCCCUUCCUGUUCUAUGUCCUUAUUUAUGACAUCCCUGUUGAUGUGCCCUGUAUGUAUGUGUAUGUUUUGAAGUGUGUGUGUGUGUGUGUGUGUGUGUGUGUGUGUGUGUGUGUGUGUGUGUGUGUGUGUGUGUGUGUGUGUGUGUGUGUGUGUGUGUGUGUGUGUGUGUGUGUGUGUGUGUGUGUGUGUGUGUGUGUGUGUGUGUGUGUGUUUUUUUUAUGUGUUUAAAAGUGAAAGAUAAGGGAAUGUCUUUUUAAGGUUUUUGAUUUUGCACCAUGAUUAAGUUUAAGACAAGCUCAAUAGAAAUUGCCAACAUUGUUGAAGUUCUAGGAGGAAAGCAUUAAGGUGUAUGUGGAGCCACCGGAGGAGUCCUAAGUCUCACCUGCCUAAAUAAAAGCUGCAUCCACAUUUAUUUUUUUCUUUUCUUUCAUAAAAGUAGUUUAGCAGUAUUAACGCAGGUAUAAAUGCAUGAAAUCAUGGACUCCUUCUGCUGAAAAACACUUUAGAUGCGAUAGUAAAUAUCCUACAGACAAUGUGAUACAGUUCUAUUUAUUUUAAAUCUAUUUAUAGACAAUGUAACUAUGUUGUAGCUCCCUCAUUUACAUUUCACAUCAGUUUAGCCGAGUAGGUUUUUAUAAAAUGAAAAUCUUAAAUACCUGCAACUGUCCCGAAGUGGAUGCUAAAGGAUUUUACCGUAAUACUUAAUAUAGACAGGUACAGCAGUGUAUUUAUUAACAGCAGUGUAGAAUAUAAGAGAGUGCCGCAGAAGGACGGACACGUUUACACGAAAGUUUCAUUCCAUGUGUGUUUUUCUCCGAAAGCUGUAAAGUCUUAUUUGCUUUGUUAAUAUUUUUUUUGUCUGCCUACAACAUUGCACUGAGCUUUUUUUUUUUUCUUUUUUUUUUUUUUCUCUCUGGCUGUUACUGUAGAGAAGAGCCCGGAAGCGAUGCUUCACACCAACGCUUCUAUUGUUUAGAGAGGAAGAGGAGGGGCCUGUCAGACACAGGACUCCUCCCCAUCACUUCCUGUCUGGACCCCUGAGCAGUUGGCUCCGCAGCAGCAGCAUGGACUGGUGUGUAAAGAAUGUGCAUCUGUACAUAAACAAUAUAUUUGUUAUUUUUAUUUAUUUUUAUUUUUUGGCCAGUGUUCUUCAGAGGUGCUUUCAGGACCAGUUUAGUUAUUGUAUGAGGGAUUUCUUCCAACCAAACUGAGAAGAACACAAAGAAAAUCAAUUGACUAUACUCCAAGUGUAUGACUGUAGCUUUAGUGAUGUCCGACACUGUUGUCUAUAGGCAUUUUGACCCUACAACUCGCCUCCCCCCAACCCGCCCUUCACAACAAACUCUGCUGCAUGUUCGAUGCUUGGCACAGCUGAGCUCUUGCCGCUUCCAUGCCCGUUUCAAUCACAUCAUUGCCAUGGUGACAGCCCGGCAAGCCAUGUGUCUGUAUAUAGUGAUUGUUAAGUAUUUGCAAGUACUUUUCAGCAUUAUGUUGAUUUUUUCCCCCUUCCUUUUAUUUCAAAUCCAGUGUGUUUAGUGAAAGUUGACGUCCGAGUCACCAGAUCAGUCGGGACCUUCUGUGCAAGUGUGUAAUAUAUUAGAAUGUUUCAUGCUUGUGGAAUCUGUUGUCAUCCUAUAGUUUUUUUUUCUAUGUCCUAUACCGCUGGGUUUGUUAUACCACUGGAUGUACAAAUUGUAAAGCAAAGACACUAGACAACUACGGCAGACGCCAUUUUGUUUGUUUUUUGUUUUUCUAAAAGCUGAAAUGUGAUAAUGCAAUAGUUUUACAGAUAGAGGGAGGUUAUAUUAUACUAUGGCCUCAGAAACCUUUUGGGCCUCAUGUUUGCAUCAUCAGAAGGGGGGGGACGGUUAUGUCAUCAUUCAGAGUUUGCGUCUCUUCCCACCUUUGCUCACCACUGCCCUUCGAAGACACUCGAAGCGUUUACUUUUUUGCGAGCUUUAAAGUUUCAACGGGAGUCACUUUUAGGUUUCAUAUCAGCAAAACAAGCUACCAGUAACUCGUAUUCCUUUUAAAUGACAGUAGGUAAAUGGUGGGAUUUGAUUAUCUUGGUUAAAGGUCACCAGUCCCGGUUCAUUAAAGACAUGAAUUCAAAGCUGUUUCACUCUUCUAGUUCUUCCAGCAGCCUAAGUCGUCUCUGUUCUGUCUGUCACCUCCCUCACCGUGUGGGAUAAUUCAACAAAACAAAAAAAAAAGACAAAGCACAUAAUCAUCUCCAGUGCCUCUGCCCACAUUCAGACAUCACUGUAACUCCGCUUCAGAUGUAAACAUAUGGGCAUGGUUCAGUUUUAAUGGCUUUAAUAAUAAAAUGCAGUCAAAUGUGAA